GAGGGCGGGCGGUGCGGCAGAGGGGUGGGACGGCGGGUCGCGCGGCCGAGGGGUGAGAGGGCGGGAGCGCCGAAAGGGUUAACGCACCUGGGCCGCCGCGGCCCCUCCCGGCCCCUCCUCCGGCCGCGGGGAAGAGGAAAGUCGCGGCGGGGGCGCGGCCGGGCCUUCGCUCCCGCCCGCCUCGUCCCGGUCCCCGCCCGCCGUCCCCGAGCCGCGGCACCCAGAGCUGCGACCCGCGCGACCCGCUCCGCCGCCGCCCCGGCCCGGGCCGCCAUGUCUCUGUGGAAGAAAACAGUCUACAAGAGCGUGUGCCUGUCCCUGGCCUUGCUUGUGGCCGUAACAGUAUUCCAGCGCAGUCUAACCCCCCACCAGUUUCUGCAAGAGCCCCCACCGCCCACCCGGGAGCCACAGAAGGCCCAGAACCUCAGCACAAACCUGGUGAACCCCAACAGCUUCUGGAAGAACCCCAAGGAUGUGGCUGCACCCACGCCCAUGGCCCUGCGAGGGCCCCAGACUUGGGACGUCAGCACCACUAACUGCUCAGCCAACGUCAACCUGACCCACCAGCCCUGGUUCCAGGGCCUGGAGCCCCAUUUCCGGCAGUUUCUGACCUACCGGCACUGCCGCUACUUCCCCAUGCUGCUGAACCACCCGGAGAAGUGCCGUGGCACUGUCUACCUGCUGGUGGUGGUCAAGUCGGUCAUCACGCAGCACGACCGUCGCGAGGCCAUCCGCCAGACCUGGGGCCUGGAGCAGGAGCUGGGGAGCCGCGGCGCUGUGCGCACCCUCUUCCUGCUGGGCACGGCCUCCAAGCAAGAGGAGCGCGCCCACUACCAGCAGCUGCUGGCCUACGAGGACCGGCUGUACGGCGACAUCCUGCAGUGGGACUUCCUGGACAGCUUCUUCAACCUGACCCUCAAGGAGAUCCACUUCCUCAAGUGGUUUGACAUCUACUGCCCCCACGUCCAGUUCAUCUUCAAGGGCGACGACGACGUCUUUGUCAACCCCACCAACCUGCUGGAGUUUCUGGCCGACCGGCAGCCACAGGAGGACCUGUUCGUGGGUGAUGUCCUGCAGCACGCCCGGCCCAUCCGCAAGAAAGACAACAAGUACUACAUCCCCGGGGUCCUGUACAGCAAGCCCAGCUACCCGCCGUACGCGGGCGGGGGCGGCUUCCUCAUGGCCGGCGGCCUGGCCCGGCGCCUGCACCGCGCCUGCGACACGCUGGAGCUGUACCCCAUCGACGACGUCUUCCUGGGCAUGUGUCUGGAGGUGCUGAGCGUGCAGCCCACGGCCCACGAGGGCUUCAAGACUUUCGGCAUCUCCCGGAACCGCAACAGCCGCAUGAACAAGGAGCCCUGCUUCUUCCGCUCCAUGCUGGUGGUGCACAAGCUGCUGCCGGCGGAGCUGCUGGCCAUGUGGGGGCUGGUGCACGGCAACCUCACCUGCGCCCGCAAGCUACAGGUGCUCUGACGGGCUGGAGCUGCAGUGUCCGGGGAAGAGAUCGUGGUUCCCUGCCCCCCACCCCGCGCAGGGAGGUGGGGUGGGGGAGCAUGGGGCUUUGCGGGCCCUUGGGUGUGAUGGGGCGCGGUGAGCCAGAAGGGGCCCUCACUGCGUGGACCUUACCCAGAAAGUGGUCCUUCCCCGCCUGCGGAAGGUCAUCUUGGGAGCAAGGUCGGUGGCCUCUGGUAGCCCUCCUAACCUGGGUUCUCUGCUGGGCUCCCUGUGACCUGGGGGGAGGCCCUGGUGACCUCUGAAGGAAUCCCGUGCUCAGGUACCCGGGUUAGGCCUGGCCCUGGAUGGGACAGGGGUGGCCCUCUCGUCUUCACAGAGAGGAUUCUCCACCUCUCGUGAAAUGCCUCAGUCUCCCCCACGGGCCCAGGCAGCCCUUUCAGGAGAAGCUCAACCCUGUGCAGGCUCACAGGCCCCUCCCCGCGCCCCCCCCCCCCCCACUGCAGCCCACGCCCCUGGGCCUCCAGGAGAUGGAAGCUCGAGAGGCCUUCGGCAACAACUCCCCUCCCCUCCCCCCACCGCCACCACAAGACCUGCCUGGAGUUGCUGCUUGUCUCUGCUCACAGGAGGGUUUGCUCCCGGCUGUGUUCUGUGAUGCUCCAUCCACCCCAUCUGGAAGCGCGGCUGGCCGCCCUGACUACCUCAGCAAUGCUCCGAACCUCCCGAUGGGCUGCAGCGCCCUCUCCCCAACCCGGGGCCAGAGAGCAGUGCUCCAGCCCCUGCGGUCCUGGUGCUGCCCAGCCCUCCUACGGACAGGUGCGGUGCCCCCGAGGCCUGGCUCCCCACCCGGAAACCAGCCGGUUUGGCCCUGGAGAUGGACAUUCCUCUAUUACUGUGAAGUCUUAUUUAUGAAGAAUUUGGAGGGAGAGAGUGCCAGGCCUGGGGAGAUGGUGGUGUUCCUCCUCUCCCUUCCUCAUUCCAGCAAGAUACCACCUCUGCGGCCAUUCACCUCCCACCCAGCGCACCCCCACGCCUGUUCCAGUCCCCCUCCGGAACCCUGCCCUCCCUGCCUGCCUACUUCUCCAGGGACUGAGCAGACCAGCGUGGGCCCCUGUAAAGGGAUGGAGUAAACCCUCAGGCGUCCUUGGGCAUGGGCGCAAAAGGACGCCCUCUCACAUCAGUGGGGAGGCACCGAGGAAAAGAUUGAGGGAUCCACUCUACUUUCUCAAUAAAAGGGGGCUGGUUUUUU